UUUUUUUGUAAUUAUUGCUCUAUGUUUUUUAUUCUUCACUCAGAAUAUCUUGUUUUUAGAUUCUGCUAACCCUACUCAGAUUGAAAUUUGAAUAUAGUUGUAUUAUGGUCUUGUUUUCUUGUUUUCGGUUGAUCUUUGAGUGCUAUCUUUGACAAAGCAUUCUCAGUUUCUGUGUUUGGAAGAAAAAAUACACAUACUUUCUAUUAUAACUAUUCAAUAAGUAUCUGAUUAAUUAUUAUUCGAAUGUUGUGGUUAAAAUUUUUUAUUGAUUGAUGAUUUGGUUACCGAUUUCCUUUGCUUGAAUUUGUUAAGUUGAUAGUGUGUUAAAUUGGUUUGCUGUUGCCGUUUUAAGUUGCAAAUUUUUUUAGGGUUUUGCGAUUUUGAUUGUCGGAUUAUCUAUUCAGGUGUUGUGGUUGUUUAUUUGUUAAAUUGUUGUUGUGUGUACCUAUUGUUGUGUUUGAAAUCAUUGAGUUGCCAUUUUCUUCUCAAAUUACUAAUUUGCUAAUUUGGUAAAUUGUUGUUAUGGUGAUAUUUGAGAUUGUGGUUGGCUAUUACUGGGUUGCUGAGUUUUUCUAUGAAGGUCUUAUUCUUGUUAAAUUGUUCUUGUUUCCAUGAAUAACUUGUCCUUGUGGUCUAUAGUUUCAUUAGGUUUAGGUUUGAGAUAGCUUUGAUGUAUUUUGGUAAUUGUGAUGUCUUUUGAUGAGAUGUGGCCUAGAACAGCCUUUGAUUUGGUUUAUAUAUGGUUGACAGCCUAGAACCUGCUAGUACUAUUCAGAUUCUGCUAACCGUACUCAGAUUGAAAUUUGAAUGUAGCUGUAUUAUGUUCUUGUUUUGUUGUUUUCGGUUGAUCUUUGAAUGCUAUCUUUGACUAUACAUUCUCAGUUUCUAUGUUUGUAGGAAAAAUUAUACACUUACUUUCUAUUAUACGUGUUCAAUAAUUAUUCGAUUAAUGAUUAUUUGAAUGUUAUGUUUUAAAUUUUUGAAUGAAUGAUGAUUUGGUUAUUGAUUUCCUGGUCUUGAAUUUGUUAAGUUGAUAGUUUCUUAAAUUGGUUGGCCGUUGCUGUUUAAGUUAUUAAAUUUUUACGGUUGUUGCAGUUUGCUAAUUGCUGGAAUUUCUAUUCAGGUCUUGUGGUUGUUUAUUUGUUAGGGUGUUGUUGUGUGUACCUAUUGUUCUCAAAUUAUUACUUUGGUAAUUUGGUACUUUGUUGAUGUCGUGAUAUUUGAGAUUGAGAUAUGCUAUUCUUGGAUUGUUGAGUUGUUGAAUGAAGUUCUUCUUUUGUUUAAAUUGUUCUUGUUUUCAUGCAUAACUUGUCCAUGUGGUCCAAAGUUUUAUUAUGUCUUGGUUUGAGAUAGCUUGGAUGCAUUUUUUGGUAAUUGUGAUGUUAUAUAAUGAGAUCUAGCCCUUAGUAGCCUUUGAUUUGGUUUAUAUAUGGUUGAUGGCAUGGAACUUAGUAGAGGUAAAGGCAUGUAAUUUUAUAGCAGAAUUAGUUAUUAUUUUGAAAACCAACUUCUACAACUUAAUAGAUGGAGUGCUAUGGUGGGAUGGGCAAGGCAAACGGUUUGUCUCCAGAUGAAAGUGAAAAUGAGUUAGGCCUUUCAAACAACGACAUUGUUGAUGAGGAUGACUUAAGAAAGGUUGAGUUGUUGUCGGAUGAAGAUGGUCGUGAAUAUGGAGACGUGACUGGGUUGAGUGCAGAGGAUAUAAUGAAAAAGGUAUUUCGAAGUGAAGAGCAUGCAUAUGAGUUUUAUUGUAGGGUAGGGAAAUGCAAUGGAUUUGGGGUCCGUAUAGGAGACUAUGCAAAGGAUGAAGAUGAGAUUGUAGUGAGAAGGAGGUUCUUCUGUAAUAGGGCUAGCCUAAGGGAUGGAAAACACUACAACAGACUAGACAGGAAGAGAUGCCAUAGGCCUAAGACACACACAAAUUGCCAGGCCUUGAUGUCUGUAUACCUUGAUAAGGGUAGCUCGGUUUGGAAGGUUCGAAAAGUAAUCCUCGAGCAUAACCACGAAUUAAUACCGAGGAAAAUGGUUCACAUGAUCCGAAGUUUCCGGGCGAUAUCGGGUUCCGCAAAGGCCCACAUGGAUGGAAUGCAUGCGUAUGGGUUGCCGACGUCUAAGAUACUGUGGUACAUGGCUGUGAUUGCGGGUGGUUAUUCUUGUUUGGGUUUUACCAAGAAAGACGCAUACAACUAUAUUGAUCGGUCGAAGCAUGCAAAGGUGGUUGAUGGAGACAUGAACGCUGCUAUAGUCUACCUGGAAGGCAAGGCAGCUGCUGAUCCCAUGUCUACGACCCGGUACAAUUUGACUGAAGAAGGUAAUUUCUGGCUGAAAUUGAGGGACUUGAGCAAAACUCUGAAAAAGGCUGACAAAAGGACUGCUGAUGCUGUUGGAAUCUGACCUCCCUGCACUCGAAAUGGAUUUUCUGGAGCUACAGAACUUCAAAUGGCGCGCUCUCAACGGUGUUGAAAAGUAGACAUCCAGAGCUUUCCAGCAAUAUAUAAUAAUCCAUACUUUAUUCGGAAAUUGACGACGUAAAUUGGUGUUAAACGCCAAGUACAUGCUGCUGUCUGGAGUUAAACGCCAAAAACACGUCAUGAUCCGGAGUUGAACGCCCAAAACACGUUAUAACUUGGAGUUCAACUCCAAGAGAAGCCUCAGCUCGUGGAUAGAUCAAGCUCAGCCCAAGCAUGCACCAAGUGGGUCCCGGAAGUGGAUUUAUGCAUUAAUUACUUACUCAUGUAAACCCUAGUAGCUAGUCUAGUAUAAAUAGGAUAAUUUACUAUUGUAUUAGACAUCUUUUGACAGUUUAGUCUUUGAUUAUUUGGUCUUUUGAUCAUUCAGGGGGCUGGUCAUUCGGCCAUGCCUGAACCUUUCACUUAUGUAUUUUCAACGGUGGAGUUUCUGCACACCAUAGAUUAAGGGUGUGGAGCUCUGCUGUACCUCAAGUUUCAAUACAAUUACUAUUACUUUC